UGUCUUCUGAUCGUUCACCAGACACCAUGACACUUCUCGCUCUGCUGCUGAUGGUCGGAGCUGCUGCGGCAGUUCCUCGUGAGGAUGGCAGGAUCAUUGGUGGACAGGAGUGUGAGCCUAACUCUCGCCCAUUCAUGGCCUCCCUCAACUAUGGCUACCACUUCUGUGGUGGGGUGCUCAUCAACGAGCAGUGGGUUCUCUCUGUUGCACACUGUUGGUACAAUCCCUAUUACAUGCAGAUCAUGCUGGGUGAACAUGAUGUACGAGUGUUUGAGGGCACCGAGCAGCUUGCGAAGACCGAUAACAUCAUCUGGCACCCUAGUUAUGACUACCAGACCCUGGAUUACGACAUCAUGCUGAUCAAGCUGUUCAACCCUGUGGACGUGACAGCCGCAGUCGCACCCAUCCCAUUGCCCACAGGAUGCCCAGUUGGUGGGAUGGAAUGCUCUGUGUCUGGCUGGGGUAACAUUGCCCCGGAUGGAGAGGUGUUCAUGCCCUUCCGUCUGCAGUGCUUGGAUGUGCCCGUAACGGAUGAGCAGGACUGUGAAAACUCUUAUCCUGGCAUGAUCACGCGCAGAAUGUUUUGUGCCGGAUACAUGGAUGGAGGCAGAGAUGCAUGCAAUGGUGACUCUGGCAGCCCCCUGGUGUGUAGGGGAGAGGUCUAUGGCCUGGUGUCAUGGGGACAGGGAUGUGCCCUCCCCAACUACCCCGGUGUCUACGUCAAAGUGUGCGAGUUCCUUUACUGGAUUGAAGACGUCCUGGCAGCCAACCCAUGA